AUGAAAAACUCAUAAAAUGUUCAUUUAUUAAAAGAAGAUGAGAUUAAAGAAUUAAAGCAGUAUAUCUUAUAAAUGGAAUAAGAACCAUAAAUUUAUGAGAAUCUGAAUCAGGAUUAAAUAUUUGGAAUAGUCGUUAUAAUACUUACUAAAUCUUCAUAUCAUAGAACAUAAUAUGAGAUUGAGAUUUUGAAGAAAGCAACAAAACAUAUCGUUUAUUUUUAGAAAUUGCUUGAGAAAGAUUAAGGAGUACUGUUAUGGGAGAGAUGUCUGAGAAAAAUGAGUUACACAUCUCUAAAAAAGGGAGAAACUCUAUUUAGAGAAGGGGACGUGGGAACUACAUUCUAUAUCAUAUUGUAAGGUAGAGUGUCAAUUCAUAAAAGAAUGUUUGUUGGAGAUUGCUAUUAAGAAAAAGAGUUAAUCCAAAUGAACGAUGGUUAAGCCUUUGGUGAACUUGCUUUAGAGAAUAAUGAACCCAGAUCAGCUUCUAUUACUGCUGUAAUUCCUACUCACUUAGCAGUGUUAGAUGCAGAGGAUUAUAUGGUAAUCAAAAAAACAGUGAUAAAUUAAUAAAGACAGUUGUAUUUUGAAGAAUUUGCAAAACUCUCUAUUUUCAAGGACUGGAAGUUUAUGAGUAUCAAAUCUUUAUUUGAUGUUAUGAAAUUGAAUAAAUUUAGAUUAAAUCACACAGUUUAUAAAGAAGGUGAUCCAGCCAAUGAAGUUUAUUUUAUACAAACAGGUGAAUUUAAAGUAACUACUUCCAAAAAUCUUUAGGUUAUCAAAUGUUUAAGAACGAAUAAGGAACACUCUAAUAAUUAUGAAUAAAUUGAUGAUGAUGUAGAAUUUCUGAAACAAUAAUUUGCAUACAAUAAACCUUCAUUAACAAAUCAAGAAAAAAUUGAUAAAUUAUACCAGAAAAAAAAGUAUGGAAAUCUUAUUGCCAGUGAUAAAAAGUUAAUUAUGACAUUGAAAUUCUUGGGAGCAGGAGAAAUGUUUGGAGAAUUGGAGAUCCUAAAAGCUCCAGAUUUAUGUAGACAGUUUAGUUUAGUUUCCACUUUUGAAAGUAACAAUGUUUAUUCAGUUUCUAAGAGAGAUUUCAUGAGGGUCCUAAAUUGCGACCCUGAUUUAAAUAAAAGUUUAAUAUCUCUAAAUGACAGAAAAUUAAAAUAGAUCCUAUAGUAAAUAAGGGUUUAUGAAAAAAAUUUUAUUGAUCAAACUGAAAAAAUAAAUUUACUUGAAAGAACUUAAAAUAAAUCAUUCUUGAAACCACAAAAUCUACUUCAAAUUUAAGAAAACUAAUAAAGGAUUUUAUUCAAUAGCACUAGUUAAAUUUUAAAAAUUAGUAGCAGAAUCAAAUUAGACGACAAUAGAUUAAGAGAACAAACGUUAACAUUAGAUAACCCUGCCGAAUCUGAGUAAGCCUACUUAAAUAAACUUUUAAUAUCAGCUUAAUCUGUUAAACAUUCCAGAUAAAAAACAGAAGAAUUAAUCAUAUAACAAUCAUUAAAAUAGAAAAAUAAAAAUAGGCAACAAAUGAAGAAACAUACAUCAACUCCUGGAGCAUUAGGAACUGCUUUAGAAAAUAUUAGUUAUCAUAUAAGAAGGUAUCCCACUUAAACGUCUUCUAAUUAAAGAUUUUAAACAAGUCCAUCUAGCAAAUUCGACUUGGAUAAUACCCAAAAAUCAAAAUUUUAUUUUACAACAUGCUUACCUCUAGUAUUGUAAAAUAACUAUUAUAGACUCAAGACUAAACAAUCAUAAUGA